AAUGGCGACCCCGGUCAAAUAUACAAGACUCGUCUCUUUAUUAAUGAUUUUGCUGUAUAUGUGCGGUGUUUACUUGGCUGAUAAAAGUGAUGUAGGAACUCGCAAAAGCGUCGGAUUUGAAAUAAAAUGCGGAGAAGUCGAAAUGAGAAUUACCGUAAAGCGACAGUUUUUUGAGGAGAAACGUAUUUCGUUCAAACCAGAGAAUCUUAGACUUGGAGCAAAUUCAACAAAGCAAAGGUGCCGCGGAGCUAAAGGGCCGGCGUCUGACUCUGAUAUGGUCAUCUCUGCAGGGCUACAAGAGUGUGGGACUGAGUCCAGUGUUCAUGGUGACUGGCUUGUGUAUUCCAACCAGCUGGUACUGUUUCCUGCUGUGGUUCCUGCCUCUACACACAGUGUGAUAGUUAGAGGAGUAACUACUGUCAUACCUGUUGAGUGCCAUUAUAAGAGAAAACAGACAGUGAAUGGAAAACCAUUAACUCCAACCUGGCAACCCAUGACAUCCACUAUCAGUGUCUUUGGCCUUCUGCACUUUGCCCUUCGCACCAUGACAGAUGGCUGUACCUCUGUACAUAGUGCCUCAGUGUAUCAGCAGGGGGAAGCAGUGUUUUUGGAGGCCAGCGUGGAGGCCCCGCUGCACCCUCCUCUCACUCUAUAUGUCGACUCCUGUAUCGCCACGCUAAAGUCGGACCCCCUCUCCUUGCCAAGCUACAAGUUUAUCACUAAGCAUGGAUGUCUUAUGGACAGUGUCUUGCCGGGUUCUUCAUCUAAAUUCCUCCCUAGGGAGCAAGAUAACAGACUAUGCUUCAGCGUCCAAGCCUUUCACUUCCACCAGGAGUCUGGGGAACAGAUGUUCAUCAGCUGCCACAUCAGAGCCACUCUGAAACAGAACUCACAGAGCCACCUUGAUAAGGCCUGCUUCUUCCAUAGGCCCACAUUCAGCUGGCGUGCCACAGAGGGAGACGAUGCUGUAUGUGGAUGCUGUGACUCUGACGACUGCUUUAGACGGACUGGAGAGGAGAACACUGACCUCACAACUCAACUACAUACAGAAAAGAAGCAUGAGGUGGACACUGCAGUUGGGCCACUUCACACCCUGCCGCGCUCCCAUUGGACAGGCCGUCUGUCAGUGAAUCACUAAAGAGGAACUUUCGACACCAAAUCCAGGGGAGUUGGGGGACUGGGACAAUAAAGAAUCCAUCACAUAUUUUUUUCUCAUGACUCAUCAUAAAAGUUGAAAUGUGGAUGUUAUUUCUUGGCUCUUCUGAUUUUAUUUUAUUUUUAUAAAACAUAUAUUUUAUUUUUUCUGAUAACUUUGAACCCUGGAGGCCUCUUGCAGAAGUGUUUUACUAUACCCAUCACAAAAGCUCCCCCAUACCCUCCUGCCUACAGACAGAACAUGUUAGCAGAAGAGAUGAGGAUGAUUAUGUCUCUCUCUGGCAAAAGGUGGACAGUAGCAGUAAAAUGAUACUUAAUUUUGUUUGUGCAAACUCUAUUUAUUCCAACUACAGUACCACGCUGAGACCAUCUGAAUUCUGUGUGCGUACUUUGAGGAAGUUGCACCUCGUAACAACACAGACCAAUUUUCACAGAGAUGGUUUAAUUUGAAUGAAUUUAUGAAUGAUAUGUUGAUGUUGUACAGUAGGGUCUUGAACCUACUUUUCUUUAGUUAUCUCAAUAUUUUAAAAACAUUUGAGCAGACAGAAAUCCUGUUUAUAAACGUGCGUCUCAUCUGAGACAGACCAGGUAUUUUCAUUAUGA